AUGCCACCCAGAUAUACGGAUCCUAAUGUCAAUCACUGGGACCCGGCGAACCGACCGCCUGAGCGUCCCCUGGGCGGCAACAACGGAUCCGCUUAUCAUGGACCGGGCUGGGUUCCAAACGGGUGUGACUCGCUUGUUCCUGCCCUUCCCCAGAAGGACACGAACGGUAACUCUCCGUGGGGAGUCUUGCCGUGCCCGAACCUGCCACCGUAUCUUCCUAACAACCCAUGCCCGACUUGUACCGCAUCAUCCUCAAGCGGGGUGACUGCAACCAGGUCUUCUGGCUCCGGCUCGGCAUCUUCCACCGGUGCUUCUGGCAAUGCCUCGGGCAGUUCUACUGGCCGCCCCGGGCCCACUGGCCUUCCCUGGGGUGACAAGAACGCAACGGACAAUAACCCUUACACGGAUGCUCCGUACACUGGCGUGACCCGUCACUACGAUUUCACCAUCUCGUACAAAAAGAUUGCACCAGAUGGCGUCAUGAAAGACGGCUUGGUGAUCAAUGAUGGAUUCCCAGGACCCUUGAUCGAGGCAAACUGGGGUGACUGGAUUGAGGUCAAGGUCAAGAACUUGCUUCCGGACGAGGGUGCGGCCCUCCACUGGCACGGUAUCACACAGAAGGGUACGCCAUGGAUGGACGGUGUGCCGGCUGUUCAGCAAUGCCCAAUCGUUCCAAAUGCCACAUUCACCUACAGGUUCAGGGCAGAUCUCUACGGUUCCAGCUGGUACCACAGCCACUACAGCGCCCAAUACGCCGGCGGUGCUUUUGGCCCAAUGAUCAUCCACGGCCCGAAGCACGGCGAAUACGAUGUCGAUGUUGGCCCAAUCAUGCUUUCGGACUGGUAUCAUGAUGACUACUAUAAGAUUGUCAACCAGACCGUCCGCCAGGGUCGUCCCCCACCAUCCAACAACAACUUGAUCAACGGCAAGAUGAACUACCCCUGUGCCAACACGACCAAGGCCUGCACGCCAAAUGCCGGUGUCAGCAAGUUCACGUUCAAGUCUGGCAAGAAGCAUCUUCUGCGACUGAUCAACACCAGCGCCGAUGGCAUGCAGAAGUUCAGCAUCGACAACCACACCAUGACCGUGAUCUCCGAUGAUUUCGUUCCGAUUAAUCCCUACAAGACCGAUCUCAUCACCCUGGGUGUUGGCCAACGUGCUGAUGUUGUCGUCGAGGCGAAGGGCAACCCUUCUGGCGCUUACUGGAUGCGUGCUUCGCUUGGCAGGGGCCUGGGCGCAUGCAGUUUGGUUGAUGGUGUUUCUCCUAAUGCUGUCGCCGCAAUCUACUACGAGAGUGCCAACACUUCAGCCGUGCCGGCCAGCGUCUCGGAUAUCACGGAGGCGCGCAUCAAGACCUGCCAAAACGACGACCUUGCUCUGGUUACGCCUCUCUUCCCCAUCACCCCAGACCCGAAUCCGACGCAGACCCAACAGCUCGACAUCACCUUCGGGUCGAACGGCACCCACCAGGUCUGGAAGAUCAACAACAGCAGCUUCCGCGGGAACUUUAAUGAUCCGGUCCUGCUCAGGGCCAACCAGGGCAACCUGACCUUCCCCACUGAGGCGAACGUCUACAACUUCGGCAACAGCAAGUCGGUCCGCUUCGUCGUCUACAACAAAUUCCAAUUCCUGUCCCACCCAAUGCACAUGCACGGCCACAACAUGUACGUCCUCGCACAAGGCUUUGGCACCUGGGACGGCGUUGUCACCAACCCCAGCAACCCGCAACGUCGCGACGUCCACAUUCUGCCGCCUGCCAGAGACGCCGGUGCGACGCCCUCGUACAUCGUUGUGCAGUUCGAUCUUGACAACCCUGGUGUCUGGCCUUUCCACUGCCACGUCGCCUGGCACGUGUCUGCUGGUCUUUACAUCAACAUCCUCGAGAGGCCUGACGACAUCGCCAAGUACAACAUCCCGGCUGCCUUUGAGCAAACCUGUGUGGACUGGAACAAGUACUCUGGCUUGUACCCGCCCAACCAGAUCGACUCAGGUUUGUAG